CAAAACAAACACAUCAAUCCUUGCAAUUGCAUCACAAAAAAUGGCUACCUCCAUACAUCUCACUCUCUUGUCCUUCCUCUUCCUCGCUGCCGCCGGCUCUUGCUUGGCUUUCAACGUAACCCAGGUCUUGGGCCCGCUGAGGCAGUUCAGCACCUUCUCCAACUACCUGGCCCAGGUCGGCGUAGUCGGAAUGAUGACGAACCUGAAGAACGUCACCAUCCUCGCCGUCGACAACGCCAACAUGGGCUCCAUCUCCGGGAAGUCACGUGAGGAGAUCAAGCGGGUGAUGACGAUGCACGUGAUCCCCGAGUACUACGACUUGGACCGCCUCAGGAGCCUCGAAAACGGCACCGCAUUGAUCCGCACCAUUUACGUCCUGACGGGAAAGGCCAGGGGCAAAGAUGGAAUGUUGCUGGUCACCAAGAGAGGGAAAGGCGGUCGGAUUUCCUUCGCCAGCGCGAUUCUUCCCCGGUCCAAGCCCAGUACGGUCACUCUCCUCCGAUCGGUCGUCGUUCCGUCGCUUAAUGUGUCAAUCUUCCAGGUCAGCGGCGUGAUUGUUUCCCCACCGCCCGUCGUCAGCGUCGCCAGUGAGGGGGCCGGGGCCGACUCUGCCGGCCGGAUUGCGGUGUCGAGCAAAUUGGUGGCGCGGAGGGAGUUUCCGGCGGUGAACAAGGCGGGGGAUUUGAAUCAGGUGUUCAUGCCGAAGACAUUGAAACCAGACGGCGACGAGGAGAAGGAGGAGGGGGAUGAUAUCAAUACGUCGGAGAAGGCGGCGUCGAAAGGCGAUGAAGAGAGUGCUCCGGCGAAGGCUCCGUCCAAGGCUCCGUCCAAAUCCCCAUCCAAGAACGCCUCCCCGCCGAAGAAAUCGCCGGCGAAGGCUCCGUCGCCCUCGAAAUCGUCGAAUUCCACCUCCGGCGGGAAGAAGGGGAAAUCGACGGCGCCCGCUCCAUCGCCGUCGUCGGACUCUCCCGCUCCGGCUCCGUCCAAGAAGAAGAAGAGCGACUCGCCGGCGCCGUCGAAGGACGCGCCAUCAAAGUCCCCAGCGGCGUCGAAGUCUCCCAAGGCGGCGAAAUCCUCGGAACCAUCGCCGGCAGACUCUUCAUCCGACGAUUCCCCGGCGCCUUCCAAGUCGAGCAAAGGCGGCUCGUCUUCCGAUUCUCCCGCCAGCGGGUCCUCGUCGGAAUCUCCGGACAGCAGCUCUUCCCCAUCGCCGUCCGACGACUAUUACGCGAAAUCGUCUCCUCCCGCGCCGGCCAAGGGAUCGGAAUCCCCCAAUGCGGAAAGCCCAUCCGACGAAGCCGAAGCGCCGGCAGAAGCACCUUCUGGUGGUGCGUCUCCGAUGAGCGUCACCAAUGUUGGGAUCAUGAUGACGGUGAUGGCUUUGUGGGCCCUGGCCGUGUAGCCACAACGGCGUCGUGGUGACGAUUUAUUUAUUUAGGUUAAAAGAGAUUUAGAGGUUACAGAAAACUAGAAAAGAGAUUAAAAAACAAAAGGUUAGGGCUUAAUAUUACUGCAAUUGGGGGCUCGCCGGAAUAAGGUGAGGGUGCACCGCCUCCAGCGCCCAGCGGUGGGCGGGCAUCGAAUUUUUGUCGGAAACAAAAAAAAAAGUCAUGUUAGCGUUUAAUAGUUGGUUUCCAUAUGUUUUUCUUUUCGUUUCCAAAAACUGUUUGUAGUAAACAGUUGGGAGCGAUGAAAAAACAAAUUGUAUAAUAACACUUUUUUUUUACGAAAUUUGAUUUCAUUACGAAAAAAGAAAUGUGAUACAGAGUUUGGAUCGAAAUCCAGGAAGGAUUGAAGACAGAACAUGGAGCCACCAAACACAAUAGGCCCAACAAAUCAAGUGGAGAAAAAAACUAAAAAUUCCAAAGCCCCCACCAAACCCAACGAAAAGAAAAGAAAACCAAGCCCAAUCCAAUACAACAACAAUGAAAACAGAUCAAACACAAACCCUAAGCCCACAAAAAUCCCAACGUCACUACACGAACAUGACACCCAGAUGCCGCCGCACACCAUCCCCAACAGGCAACACCACCACAUCUCCAUCAGAAACACCACCACAUCUCAAGCACAUCACAUCAACACAAAGGGGAGGACAAAACAACCCCCAAGAAGCCCCGCCGACAAUCCAAAAGUGUAAAGGGUAAAACUCGUGCUUGACAAAAAAUGCAUCAACAUUCAGGUUAACUCGAUAAAGCGAGGCUUUGGGUUCAACUAUCAUAAGAGGCGAGUUCAAUUUGGAUUUAAUCCCAAAGCUAUCCAAAAUUUAUGAAUACACAUGAAUUAACAUGAACUCACACAAAUUUUUCUGACUGGUUUGAUAAAGCAAGGCUAGUUUAUGAGAAAAUCCACAAGCGACCCAAUCCGUUGAUCACAAAAGCGAGUAAAAUGUGUUCUCGCCCCCAAAAGUGUCAAAGGUAAAAUUCGUCAUCGACCCACAAUGCGUCAACACUGGACUUAACUCGACCCAGAAUUCGGCAAUUCCAAAAAUGGGUAGAAUUAGGUUAAAUACACAUGAAUUUGGGUUCAAUUAUCAGGAAAUAAUAAAAAUAUUUGAUUAAUUAAAGAAAAGUAAACAAUAAAAUAAUCAUAGUUGAUGUGACUACCAAAUAUUAACCCAAAACUUGUUCUUUUAAAGAGUUUCAAAGACAAAAAAACUUGUUCGACCUAAAAUUUGUUAAUACCGAGUUCAACUCACUCUAUUGAUUUAAGCAUGUAAAACUCGCUUACCCGGUUCAACCCAUUGAUUUAAAAGUGUAAAAUUCAUUGUCGACCCAAAUUUGUAAAAACUGAGUUCAAAUCGCUCUAACCAUGUUGAAUACCCAUUGAGUUGGGUUCAAUUAGGAUUCAAUUGUCAUAAGUUAAUUGAUUAGAAUGUUAAUAGCAUAAAAUCAGUUGAUUUGA